AUGUUUGGGCUUAAAAAAGCAACAAGAAUUAACAUCACCAAGAAGAGCAUAAAAAUAAAAAGAUAUCAAUCACCAUUUACACUAAAUGCUUUGAUGGCUGCCAAUAAGCUUGGUGGAAGUGUGACAGCUCUUGUUGCAGGUGAAGAUCCAACAACUGUUGCAUCACAAGUUGCAGGGCUUCAAGGAAUUUCCAAAAUUCUUGUAGCAAAAGAUAAAGCAUACAAGCACAGAAUUGCAGAAGUCUAUGCACCAUUAUUUCUAACAGUUUGUGGAACUGCUUUUCCACCUGCUACAGCUGAAUGGAUCAGUGAACAAAUUCAAAAAAAUGAUCAACCUGAACUUGAUUCUGCAACCAAAGUUGUAUCAGGUGGUAGAGCAUUGAAAAGUUGUGAAAAUUUUGAUAAGCUCGUUUAUAACCUUGCAGAUGCUCUUGGUGCUGCUGCUGCAGUGGAUUUGGGAUAUUGUGAUAAUGCAUUGCAGGUUGGACAAAUAGGAAAGGUUGUUGGGCUAGAUUUUUAUUUGGCACUUGGUAUUAGUGGAGCUAUACAACAUAUAGCUGGUAUGAAGGAUAGUAAAAUAAUAGCAACUAUAAACACAGACCCAGAAGAACCAAUCUUUCAGAUUGCUGAUUUGGGCCUAGUUGCAGAUUUAUUUACAGCUGUUCCAGACUUGACAGAAAAAUUAAAGAAAAAUUAA